AUGAAGAAGAUGGGAGCUAACACCCUUUCAUACGUUGUACUCUUGGCUAUGGCAUUUUCUGUUGCCUCUGCCUCUGAUCCCAGUCCUCUUCAGGACUUCUGUGUAGCUGUUAAUGAUACAAACGACACUGUGUUUGUGAAUGGAAAAUUCUGCAGGGAUCCAAAGCUUGCAACGCCAAAUGAUUUCUUCUUUUCGGGGCUUCGUGUUCCAGGGAAUACAUCAAACAAACUUGGCUCGAUGGUCACACCAGCAAACGUGGCACAGAUACCUGGACUCAACACCCUUGGCGUUUCCCUGGCUCGGGUUGACUAUGCGCCAUACGGUCUCAACCCUCCCCACACCCACCCGCGUGCCACAGAGAUCCUCACUGUCUUGGAGGGCACACUUUAUGUGGGCUUUGUCACCUCUAACCCUGACAACCGCCUCAUCUCCAAGGUCCUUUACAAAGGAGACGUUUUCGUCUUCCCACAAGGUCUCAUUCACUUCCAGCUCAAUGUGGGAAAAACAAACGCAGUGGCCAUUGCUUCAUUGAGUAGCCAGAACCCAGGCGUGAUCACCAUUGCAAAUGCAGUGUUUGGAUCAAAGCCAGCAAUAUCAGCUGAUGUUCUCACGAAGGCCUUCCAAGUGGACAAGAAUGAGGUUAACUAUCUUCAAUCUCAGUUCUGGACUGACAACCACACCUACUAG